AUCAGUUUUUUUUUUCAAAUUCACCAGCCCCCUCUCGCCGGAAAAUCGCCCCUUUCACCUUCUCCUUCGAUUUUUCGGCCGUAACUUCCUCUCCCGACCUCCAAAUCACAAACCGCGAGUGCCCCCACGCUUCUGGCGUCGAGGAGCACAUUCCCCAAAGAUUAGGGCUGGUUUGGCUGAGGUUGGGUCGCCGGCGGUGAGUUUUCCGGCGAGUCUCCGGUGUGUUUUCCAGCGACUUUGGGUGCUUCUUUCCACUUUCUCCACCUCUCUCGUGGUCUCUUCUUGCGUCUCCAGGUGUGUUCUCCUUGUCUUUUCCUAUAUUUAUGGAGAAUCGAUACCUAGAGUUAGGUGAAGAACUUUUGAUUGUGGAAUGCAUGGUUUGGGAAUAUUUUGGGUUUGGGGGAUGAUUGGGCUGCUUGCAUGUUGAAUGGUCUGCGUGAUAUGUGAUUUUUCUGUGAUGCCUCGAUUGGUGCUAUUUAGGACAGUUGUGGUAUGCUUGUUUCACCGGGGGCCUAGUCCACUGUCCGAAUCGCUCGAUUUGAGGGUCCCCGGUGUAUUUUGCUGUGUAAAUCUCGUAUGAUGGGUAUGUUUGUGUCGCCGGGAGUCUAGUCCACUGUCCAUAUCUUUCGAUAUGAGGGCUCCCGGUGUGGUUUUGGCCUAACAUUGACCCCGUUUGCUUGUGUACACUUUGUCCUUCAUUGUGUUUUGCAGGAUCAUGGAGGUUUAUCUCGACCAGAUAAACAUCGUCCAGCGCCAUAAGCUGCGGAACCUCCGUGACCGCAGCAUUGCCGAGCACUUUCACCUCGAUUGGGAGGUGUUCGAGGAGCUUCAUGCCAGGCCACAGAUGGAGGCAGCGGUUCGCUCCCCUGCUUUGCGGCGUCUUCUCACCCUCGCCGAGCCGACCUACAAGGAGCUAGUCUGGGAGUUCUACGCCACCUUCCACCACAACUCGAAGGGGAACUCCGACCAUGCUGAUGCAGUUCAGUUCACCCUCGGCGGGGUGGAGCACUCCCUCAGUUACUGGGAGUUCGCCAAUGCACUUCGUCUCAAUUCCCGGGCAGCGGGCGGGCCUCCUCUCCGCUUGGAUCUCUCUGAUCCCAUGGAAUUCGCUUCCCAGGCGUACUUUCCGAGCAUUUGCCUGCCGGACAGUGUGGAUGAAGAGUAUGUGGCCAGCCAGACGCGGGCUGCUCUCCUCCGUCCGGAGUGGCGGAUCCUCAACCACCUGAUGUGCACUUCUUACACACCCAGCCAGGGCUCGUCCAACCGGGUCACACUCCGGACUCUCUGGUUGUUGCAUGCGAUGCGUCGUUCUAAGGACACCAUCCAGCUGGGCUCUGUGCUUGCCCGGACGUUCAUUAAGGCAGCCAUCAGCACGACUCGCAGCCUCGUUUGUGGCCCGGUGAUCACCGCCUUGGCCUGCAACUACGGGGUGGACUACACAGGGAUGACAUUGGUCCGCGGACCAACCCCACUCGGCGAGCCUACUCUCCGCCACCAGCACUUGGUUUCUCGCCUCGGGCGUGUGCGCUGGAUCGCGGGCCUUCCUCAGCCACCUAUACCUGCAGAGGGCGACCAGGCCGAGUCGAGCGCCGCUGGUGGGCGCCGAGUUCCCCGUCGCGUUCCCCGUCGUGCCCAGGCUCCCUCGAGCCCCUCUCCUGCUCCCCGGUCUCCUUCUCCAGGGUCACCUCCUCCAGUGGUGGUGCCCAUCUCCGACCAGUUGGUGGCGAUCACGCAGCAGAAUGAGCGCAUCCUGGCCGGCCAGGAGCGCAUCCACACCCGCCUUGAUCGUGAGCGGGACCGAGGGCGUCGUCUCAUGUCGGGGCAGCACUACAUCAUGUCCUACUUGGGCUUGGACCCGAACGCGGUCCACUACCCGUUCGUGCAGUCCCCAGGGUUUGAGGAUGAGUACCCUCCACCCACCUGCGAUGGCGGUGAUGCCUUCUAGAGCGGGUUUUGUGCUUUAUUUGUGUUCCAGACUCAGACUCCGUGUUUUGUGAUUUCGUUUUGUUUUUUUUUUUAUCUUGGAUUGUAGACUUGGUACUCUGAUUUCUAUCACCCAGUGUGUGUGUUUUUGUUGUCUCUAGCUCUAUGCCCCCUUCUUUUGACUGGUCCGCCUUCCAGUAAACGUUCCUGCCACUGUUUCACGGUAACAACGUUCCCCUUCCCUCUGCUGCAUUGAGGACAUUGUUGCGUUUAAGUGUGGGGGGGGGGUUCUUUGUAUGAAUUGGAACGUAUAUAGAUGUGCUUGGAGCCUAGUCCACUGUCCAAAUCUUGAGAUUUGAGGGCUCCAAGCACGGCUGUUUGCUUGAUGAUUGAUCGUAUUGGCACUGUGGAUGUGAUUAGUGAACUGAAUGGCUUUUGACUUGAUACAUGACAACUUGAGUGUGACUUAGACAACUUAUUGUGAUGACUGAGAUGUGCAGUAGAAUUGUGUAGGGUUCAGUUUUUCAAUUGUCUGCUCACCAAAUGUGACUUGGUUCGAUCACUUGCUUUUGACAGUCAUUUAUGCAUCUAGUUCAGGGAAUCAGAACGAGAGAUAGAGCAUAUAGGUAGCCAUGUGAGAUUUGAGCCUGCUCGUUUCUUUCUUGUGCGAUAGUUCCCUCUUCCAUGAUGUGGCCCCCUAUGUUGGUUGCUCCUUUCCCCUUUUAAUAAUAAUAAGGUAAGGAAUUAAAGCCCAGCAGCAUUCACGUUGUCAUUAGCUAAGAUGAUGGAGGCAUAGGAUUAGCCCACGACCAAAUUGACUGUCCUGGUGUGUCAUACCCCUAGUCAGCCCCUUUGAGCCGUGUGUUUUCUUUCUUUCGGUCUUCAAUGAAAAGUCACCUUUUUGCAUCUUUUAGAAGGUUCCACAGAGUGAUUUUUUCUUGUUCUCUGCUGUUUCUGCUAAAUGUAAUAUGAGGGUUGGAGGUAGUGCUUAAAAGUUGGGCAGGUGUUUGACAAUGUGCAGAGGCGGUGGUUCUCUUAUGAAAUGAAAAAUAAUGAAAGAAAAUCAAAGAAAAAAAUUGAAAGCAAAAGAGAGUCACCACCAAAAAUCUGAAUAAUGCCCAUGUAGUAGUGUUUCUUAGCAGUCUGGCUUAGAAAUACUAGCAUUUAUGUAACCUCCUUCGCCCUUGUGCUCUGAACUUGAGUAAUGCAGAAUAGCAGAAAGAAAGUUUGGUUGGAUUGAUUGUGAGUCUGUUGGGUUUGGAAAUGUGGAACCUUGUGCUGUAUGAAUACUUGCACCACCUAAAAGGCCUUUUCCCCAUGUCCAAGACCCUAGCCAGUCAUCUGAACCUGUGUCUAAGACCUCCGGAUUAGUUAGUGAUGACACCCCAUAUGUGAACUCUAGCACUUAGAGGCUGCAUUCAUGAUGAAGAGAUGUUAGGGAUUGAGAGAUUAAGCAUGCGCAUUUUUCGCAUCAUAUUGUCCUGACCUCACUGGUCGAGAGUGAGCGAUUCAUUUUCUCUUAUUCUCUAUACUCUUUAUCUCGGUGAGGACCUAGAUUGCUCGGUCUUAAUUCUGAUAUCUUGAACUUUGUGCAUGACGUGACUAUUUUGAACAAGUGGUUGAAUCAAGUCUAUGUUGGUUGGUGAACAGAAGGGAGACUCUUCCUUUGUUCGAUUUUACUGCAUUCGAAUGUCAUCUGUGGUGGUUGUCUAGGUUGUCAUUGAGGUUGUCCAUGUGUUAAUGAUCGAAAGCCAGUAUGAUCCACGUGUUUUGUGCCGAUAUGUCAUGCCUUGUUGUUAUGAGCUUACCUUGUGUCUGACUUGGUUUGCUUGGGGACAAGCAAACGGUUAAGUGUGGGGGAAUUUGAUAACGAUGUAAUUGCACAUAUUUGCGCCCCUAGUUCUUAUGCGUUUGAGGGGCAUAGUCGUGUGCUUUUGGCCUAUUUUACGCCGGGUUGCUAUUUUGUCAUAUUUCAGGUCCCAGGCGUCAAAGGAAAGGCUAAGCACGAGUUUCGGGGCAUUUGGAAGUCAUUUCGUCGAGCUGGAGCCAAAACACGGGCAGACCUAAAACAGAACACGGCCGUGUUCUGUGGCCGUGCUUUUACUGCCGAGAGCAAAUUCGAGUUUGGCAAACAUUGGCUAAAAACACGGGCAGGGCUUAGACAAAGCACGGCCGUGGCCACCAAAGCACGGUCGUGUCCAUCAUCAAACACGCCCGUGUUUCGCCCAAUGCACUGGCCGUGUAAUUAACCCUAGCCAAAGCACGGGCGGGCUGAGGCAUUACACGGCCGUGCCCUCGACCGUGCUUUGGCCACUGAUGCCCUUUUAAGCAUAUUUUCAGCCAAAGAGAAGGGGAAUGGGAUUUCUUGAGCAAAAACAGAGCCCUAGAGAGAGAAAGGACGAAGAACACAUCCUAGAAGCUAUCUUGGAGCUGGGUUUCAUCAAAUCAAGCUUGGAGAUCAUCAUAGGAGUGGAAAUCAUCAUCCCAGAGCAGAUUCUUCCCAUAAUUAUGAGUAAGGCUGCUUUGUAUCUUGUUUUCCUCUCUCUCUCUAUGGAGUAGAACCUCUCUCUCACUUGGGGAUGAAGAACCCUAGUUCUAUGUGUUAUGGAUUGAUUGUAAUGACUUGGGAUGAUAUUACUGUUUGAUUUUAAUCGAAUGAUGCAUGUUUAUUGAGUCAAUUGAAGUCUGAUCAACUUUUCCUGAUUCCUGCUGCAAUCUGAGAUAGAUAGAAUCUGAUUAGGUUGCUAGAGUCUCAUCAUUCGGUAGUAGGAGAUUGGCUAUACGAGAGUUAGCCAGUUUACUGCUUUGUACUGGAAUCCAAUUCCAGUAGUGGAGUUCUGUUCUUACUUCUUCAGCUUUCUAUCCCGGUGAAGACUAGUCGUCUGCCGGGUAGUUAGACUGAGAGGGCUUGGUCAGCUUAAGAGAUUCCAAGCUACUGUCGGAUCUUCCGCAGUCUAAUCAACAGUAAAUCAACCCAGGGAAAUACAAUUGAAACCUAACUAAGGAGCUAGGGGGACUCAUUCCCGAGUGACUCUCGCCUGCUUGAGAAAACCGUACCAAUUCCUGCUUUCUUUCUGCUUUUGCUUUUAAAACAACAAUCACUUACUUUAGUUGGCUAGAUAAUAGAUAAUCACUGAGUAA